UAUAAUUUUUUAUUACAACUUACGAAAGCUAUUAUGUCAACAAACAACAGCAGAGAGAUUUUAGCGUGUAGACGUUAGGUAGUGUGUAGACGAUUGGUUUUAAGCAGAGAGCAAAGAGAAGGUGAACGGCAGAGAGCAAGAGUCAACACGCGUAGAGCAAGCGAAGACGAUCGCCAAAGAGUGCGCGUUGAAGUAGAAGAAGAAGACAAAGUUUUAGCGAAGAACGUCGGCAAGCAGAACGAGACAGCUGGAAUGAACAGACAAAGGCAACGCGAAAGAGAAAUACAAAGGCAAAGAGAACGGCAGCAAAAUAAUGACAUGAUGACAGAAGGUGUUGUGUUAAUGUCACUACGGCCCCGCGCUAUUAACAUUUUCAAGAUUUCAAGCUGA